AUGUUGUACAACAGCAACGCCUUUGGAUUUGAGGAUGUUCCGACACUGAUACUAUGGCUCGAAACGAUUGGACCCGCAAACCGAACCGUCUUGCGGAGCCUUAUGAUUGAGGGGGAUUGCUGCUACGGACAAGCCUCUAUAACAUCAUGGUUGGAUCCGUUGCAUAUAUACGACCCAAGCCCCUCGUUCCUGAUGGCUCCCUUCCGCGACCCAUACCGAGAAUUGACAGCCAGAAUCGGCGACCUUCUAUCAGAGUCGAUGCUUCUCGAAGCUCUGUGCUUGCCGUGCGGCUACAGCUUCUGGAGGCUUCCCGUUCUGACACUUCGGCGGCGCGAUCCAUAUCCAGUGCCCUGGCCAACCCAUAUUGCGCGCCGCAUCGCAGAGACUCUGUUCAAAGAUUUUCAAGGCUUCUUCGAGAAGCGCCUUCUAUUCGACGCAGACACGGAAAAGCUUUCCAACGUCAUCAAGGUCAAUGUCAUCUGCAGAAAAGACCGCAACAAAACGUGGAGUCCAGCGGUAAAGGAUGUCUUGACCAAGAUAGAGGAAGGGGCAGGACACUUAAACUUAUUACUCAGGCACCUUCAACACAUACAAGUCGGAGGCAAGCCAUGA